AUGAUCGAAACUGGUACUGCGAGUGGCGCAUUCAGGCGCGCAUCAUCGCGGCUACUGUUGUCCCCGCGACAAGGUCCCCCCGCGCCAUCGAGCCAUGCGAUUGAUGACGAUGAGCAUGGGUUCAGCGUGCUGGACUGGGAUUGGUCGCUUUCCCAACACAUCGCGGGACCCGGACAUCGUCGUCAUAAGGAACACGAUCCAACAAGAGAGCGAGAAGGGGGUCUGGCGGCGAAGAUAUUGAUAUCAUUCCACGAUCCAAAUGCCGCCGAAGGGAAGGCCGGCGACGGUACAAAGAAUAGCGCCGCCUUUCCCGCCGUGUCCCUCAGAACUUGCAAGCGAAACCUAUGCUGUCCAAUGCUAGCCGUCCAUCAAAAGAACCUCAGCCUCAGUUCGAGCGACCUUAGAGCUGAGCAAGACAAGGCAAGGCAGAGAGAGAACAUGGUACAGGCUCACAACUACCUAGACGAGGCCCCGCGUCGUGUUGAGAGGCAAGUGACUGCUUUGCGGCUCAACAAUUGGAAAAUGAGUGAUGCUAAGAACAAAUCGGCAGAAGCGAUCGAUUCCGUAAUCAUUAGCUUCAUGCUUAAGGCAGUCGAUCCAGCAAGAGGUCGGCUCAUCGCCCACCCAAACCCUGAAGUGAGGGAAUGUUCAGGUACAAUCAAGGUACUCCCGGCCAGGUCUGCGGAGUUUGCGCGUGUAGCAAGCGGGAUGCGAGGCGUUUGUAGCUGGGGAGCUCUUGGCCAAGUAGGCAGGUUCCUCGGCAGACGGCAGGUCAUCAGCCACGGGCACUCUUACUGUCCGCUGAACCGCGUACCUGCCAGUGGUAUGUAGGUGUGCUGUUGCGGGGGGAAAGAAGAAGAGAGGGGGCGAUGCGUGGAGGAAGAACCAAGUCAAGUGCACCUGGAGGCUGCAGCCGUAAGCAGGGCGAGCGAGAAUGGUGGGACGAGGAAAACAAGUAUCGGUGACUUUGCCUGUCGGUAGUGCGGAUGCAAAGCCACGUCGGUUUACGAGGUGAAAAUUGGAACCGGGACCUGAUAUUCCCUGGCCGAGAACCUAUGGGAAGCCACCGAGUGGGCUCGAGUGGAGACGGAGAUGGACUUUUUAGCCACUCGCGUGUGUCCCAGACUCCCAGCAAAGGGGAAGAAGGGGAGGCUGGGGCAUGGGGCUCUUGAUUUUCUUGCACAGCCACCGCGGGGGCUGAAUGGCCCUUGCUUUCGAGCUCC